AGAAAUCGACUUUCAGUCCUGAUGGGGCGAGAAAAUCCAGCAGAGAAAGCCCUAGGUCUUCUGCGGAGAAGACUCUGCGAUCCCAGUUUCGUCUUCAAACCUUUCUCCGAUUCUCCCGACUCCAAUUACAGUAAAUUGAAAUUCAUAAUAUCAAGUUCCGUCACUGAGGCUUGUAACAACUCCAUCUUGCUUCUAGGCCCCCGUGGUUCCGGGAAAAUUGCGGUGCUGGAGCUUGUUAUCAGUGAUUUGUUACUAGAAUUUCCUGAUAUGAUUUCAGUGAUAAAGCUAAGUGGACUUUUGCACAGUGAUGACAAUUGCGCGUUCAAGGAAAUUGCUAGGCAGUUGUGUGUGGAGCAUCAGCUAUUGUUCUCCAAAAUGGCGUCAUUUGAUGAUAAUUCGCAAUUCAUGAUAGCCAUGCUACGGGAGUGUGGAUUAGCUCAUAAAACAAUUAUUUUUGUACUGGAUGAAUUUGACCUAUUUUCUCAGGGAAAACAACGAUUACUUUAUAGUUUGCUAGAUGCUAUGCAAUCAGUAUCGUCACAAGCUGUUGUUAUUGGCGUGAGUUGUCGAUUGGAUGCGGAUCAGCUUUUGGAGAAAAGAGUAAGAUCUCGUUUUUCACAUAGAAAGCUAUUGUUCCUUCCACCCAAUAAGGAAGACAUGCAGCGGUUGUUGGAAAAUAUUUUGUUAUUGCCAACGGACUCAACCUUUCCCCAAGACUAUACUGUUCAGUUCAAUGCAAAGUUACAAAAUAUCUUAGCAGAUGAGAGAUUUAAAGAUGUUCUUAACACAUACAUAAACACUGAUUCCACAGUCAACUAUUUAUUGAAAUUUCUAUUUCGCGCAGUUUCUAACAUGGAUUUGGUAACUGGAUUCUUGUCACUGGAGAACUUCAAAACUGCGCUAUCGAAUGUCCAAAGGCAGCCUAAGCUGGAAUGCAUAAAAGAUUGCUCCAUAUUGGAACUCUAUAUCCUGGUAUGCAUGAAGAAGUUGGAGAUUAAAGAGCAAAACUCGUAUAACUUCAACUCAAUAAUGAAAGAGUACAAAACCGUACAUGAUUCUUUCCAAACAUCAGAUUAUUAUGCACAAAACGUAUGCUUACGGGCAUUUGAACACCUUUUACAACGCGAAUUAAUCAGUUUUACAGACAGCAGAGGAAACAAUCAGUCGAUUGAGUUUCGUCCAGUAAAGCUUUUAGUCUCAUCUCAUGAAUUGCAUCAGGGACUGAAAUCAUAUCGUUCCUGUCCUGCCAUUCUUCAAAAACUAAUGGCUGGUUAGCUGCCCUUGUGUAAUCAGGAAAUUUGUUCUUUACUCCAAUCUGUAAUUGUUUCCUGAGAUUUUGUCUCUCUUUUUCCGU